AUGUUCAUUCUGACCCCAAGGUGGAACCCUGCCAUUGAUGUCCAGGCCGCCUCGAGGAUCAACCGGAUCGGCCAGAACCGUCAGGUGACUAUCUGGACGUUUUAUGCACACAACUCAAUCGAGCGCUACGUCAAGAAAGAGCGGAAGAGGAAGAAAAAGAAGGCUGCUUUGACAUUGGAUCAGAAGGGGGCGAUCGCCCGAGUGAACAGGAUCGCGCAGAACUCAGAGGUCACUGUAUGGACGUAUGAGUUGCCAAACUCUAUCGAGGCGUACGUCAUGAAAACCCGAAAGAAGAAGAAGAAGAAGAAGAAGAAGAAGAAGAAGAAGAAGAAGAAGAAGAAGAAGAAGGCCAAGUUGACGUUGCACUAA